AUGGCGGACGAGGACAAAAAUCGCCCGACACAAGUGGCCGGCUUCGACCCGUUUGUUUCCGUUCCCAUACCUCGGAAGUCCUCUAUUUGUGAGAGGGAGCCUUCCGACCCGGGUGUUUUGGCUUGGGUUUACAGGUAUGCUAGUUGGCCCUUACUCUUCCCGGACGGCUGCGACGCGCCGCCGUCCGUGCCGAUGGCCAGCGAGAUCCACGUUCAGCUGUUGGGCAGGGCAGUCAUGAACGCUGACACGUCCGCGACGAGGAUGCAGAUAGCGGCGUUGAUGGAGCUUCUUCAUGUGGCGCCUGGGGCGACGGUGAGUCGCCGAACUCGUUCGUCUUCUGAAAUCCACGGAUUUAGAGUUUCGAAUAUUCUGGUCGACGGGGGCGACUUGGGCGACUGCACGUUGAAGCUGCCGUCGUUGAAAAACGCCUUUUCGAAAAACGGCAACAAGCGUCGCGGCUCGAUUGAGACCGAGUCAGGCGAGGCGAACGGCGAAGCGAGCAGAAAUGGGUCUACAUUGGCUCUGGUCUCUACGUCCACUCGGGUGGUGAUUGUUCCGACGGUCGAAGGAGCGGCCGCAGGUCCCGAAGGGGCGUUCGGUUUUCUGAGGCGGUCGUCCGGACAACAGAACCUCUUUUUCGAUUCGCGAUUAACGCGGCGACGAAUGAACGUCGGCGGGUUGAAGUCGGCUUCCGACGCCCUCAUCGAGAUGGUGGAGUUGCCGCUAAGGUUUCCGGAUGGCUUCGACCACUUCGGGAUAGCGUGUCCCAGAAGCAUUCUCUUGCACGGUCCACCUGGCACGGGGAAGACGUUGCUCGUACGGGAGAUUGCGAGGGCAUUUCAAGUGCCUCUUUUUCAGCUGUCGGCCAGGCACCUGUACGGCUCGUCUGAGCACGAUCCGAAGCGACAAUUGGAGGCGUUUUUCGACAAGGUGAAGAAGUUUCAACGGAACCGGUCGAACAGAAAAUGCGACGCGGCCGGCGCCAUCGUCUUCAUUGACGAGAUCGACUCCAUUUGCCCAAAGUGCUCGACAAGAGGGGCCGAGCGGUCUGGCGACGGCGGCUUGAUCGCGCAGCUGCUGACGUCACUAGAGACGGUCAAAGCGGUCGUGGUAGCGGCUACGAACAGACCGAACGCACUCGAUCCUGCUCUGCGUCGGCCGAAUCGCUUCGACCGCGAGGUUGUGGUGGACUUGCCGAACUGCGAAGAAAGGCUGGACAUUUUGUCGGUGUGCAUGCGCCAGGUACUGCAGAACCCGCCGUCCAAAGAGCGGCUUCAUUCGGACUGGAAAAGCGUGCUGGAAUCGGUAGCUCGACGCACGCCCGGAUGGUCCGGAGCGGACCUCAGUCGCCUGGUGCGAGAGGCGGUCGUGAACGCGAUCUGCGACGCCCGCGGCAAAGGCGGCAGCGCUGAACCGAGCUUCGAUCGGGAAAAGGGCACUUUUGGACAAAAUGAUAACUUCAACUUGGACCCGCUUGAUUUGGACUUCGACCGUCUAUUGGACACCGUGCAGCCCGCUUCUCACAACGCGUGGGCCACAAAGGUGCAGGAGGCCGACUGGAGCGAUAUCGGAGGAAUGGAAAAAGUGCAACAGGCGCUGAAAACGGCCGUCGAAUGGCCGUUCUUGCAUGCCGACGCUUUCCGCCGACUGGGCGUCUCGGUUCCGCGCGGCAUUCUGUUGCACGGACCGCCAGGAUGUGCUAAGACGACCCUCGUGAGAAUCAUCGCGAGCAGAUGCAACGCCACCUUCUUUGGUCUCAGCUGUGCCCAAAUCUGUUCGAGGUAUCUCGGUGAAUCGGAGCGAAAGAUCCGGACUUUGUUCGAACAGGCCAAAUUAACGCGUCCGUCGAUCAUAUUUUUCGACGAGAUCGACGCCAUCGCAUCAAAGCGCGACAACGAAUACACUCGGACUUGCGGUACACCAGAACACAUAUUGCAUCAGCUGUUGGCGGAAAUGGAUGGCAUUUGCUCGUCGACCGCUAGCUCCGCAGACGACUCGGUGUUAGUCGUGGGAGCCACCAACCGACUCGACCGACUCGACCCGGCCAUCUUGCGGCCGGGAAGAUUCGACAAAAUCAUCGAAGUAAAGUUGCCAGAUUUUGGUACAAGAAAAGAAAUAUUCAAAGUCCACAUGCGUCGCCUUCCGGUCGACGAAUCGGACCCGAUUUCCCUGGACUAUCUGGCCAGUAAGACAGACGGCUUCAACGGCGCAGAUAUCGCUGGGAUAUGCAAAGAAGCUGCUUUCUUCGCCCUUCGUGAAAACAUUAACUCAUCUCACGUCUCCAAGAAUCACUUUCUACAGGCACUCAAACAGACUGGUAAGCUAUCGACAUCCGAUGCCUACAGCGGCGUCUAA